AUGGUGGGUACCCGCAUCAUGAUGUCUCUUCCUGUUGUUCAGGGCAUGGGCAUGAUGACAGCCGUUUACGACAGAGCGACACCAGUCAUCAAGACCACUGUUUUCUUCUUGUCCCUGGAAUACGUUGCGCUGAUCAAUGGUAUCACGCACAAGUAUCGGAUCGUACUCAACGAUGGGUCGUACUGGCUUCUCUAUGCCACUUCGGACGGGUCUGUUGGUACACCUCCCUUCGUGUUAGAGAAUAGUGAGACCAUCACCGGCCCUUCCGAUUUUGUCGGUAAGAUCCAAGUCACGAAGAAUCCAUCAGGCACGGCAGUAGAGGGCAUAUUUGACAAUAGCGCCGGUGUAUACCCAGUCAAUGGCACUAUAUCCGGGAACGUCAACGGGGCUUUCGGGAGUUAUACAAUAAGUUGGGCCAAAGGCGGUGCAACGGAGCGGCCGUUGCUGAUGUACGCGCUACCUCAUCAUGUCGAGUCGUUCGACCAACAAACUGCGGCCGCCUUGAAAGACAUCACACUAGUCACCACGACGAAGGGCUUUGCACGAGCUAUUGUUUCCGACAAGAUGACAAUGGUGGAGAACGAUCUGCCCGACAGUAUUGGUUUUGCCCCAUGGGCCAAGAACCCCAGCGCAGCUGGAGGCUCGGAGAACAUCAAUCUGAACGCCCAAGCCCUCGCGCUCAUCAACCAAGCUGGCAUAGCUGAGCUAAGCCAGAACAUGAUUCCGCAGACCUCACUGAACAGCAUGUACUACUCCGGCAAAGGACUGGCCAAGUUUGCUGCCAUCAUCUACACAAUGAACACCAUGACGGGCAACAGCCAAUACGCCUCCGCUGGGUUAGGUCGCCUCAAGGACGCUUUCAACGUUUUCGUCAACAACACGCAGCCCGAGCCACUUGUCUACGAUCAGGUCUGGAAGGGUGUCGUGUCACGCGCCAGCUACUCCGGAGAUCUUGGCCUGGACUUUGGAAACACGCUAUACAAUGAUCAUCACUUCCACUACGGGUACUUCGUUUACACCGCUGCCGUCAUCGGCCAUCUCGACCCUACAUGGCUCGGCGAAGGUAGCAACAAAGCCUGGGUCAACAACCUAGUCCGCGACUUUGCAAACCCCGUAAGUGACUCGGAAUUCCCCUUCCAGCGCUCCUUCGACUGGUUUCACGGUCACUCCUGGGCAAAGGGCCUCUACGAAUCCGGCGACGGCAAAGACCAAGAAUCCACCUCGGAAGACACUUUCGCCACCUACGCGCUCAAGAUGUGGGGCCGAAUCAUCCAAGACGCGAAUAUGGAGGCACGAGGAAAUCUGCAACUCGCUGUCCAAGCGCGUAGUAUCAAGAACUAUUUUCUCAUGGAAGCCGACAACAAGAACCAACCCGCUGGCUUCAUUAAGAACAAAGCAACCGGCAUCCUCUUCGAGAACAAGAUCGAUCACACCACGUACUUUGGCGGAAACAUCGAAUACAUUGAGGGCAUCCACAUGAUCCCGCUCAACCCCUCCUCCGCGUACACUCGUCGUAAGCAAUUCGUUCUAGAAGAAUGGGACACGUACUUCAGCAACGGCCGCGCCGAGCAAGUCCAAGGCGGAUGGAAGAGCAUCCUCAAGGCCAACCAAGCCUUGUUCGACCCACAAGCUUCAUACGACUUCUUCGCCAACCCCAAUUUCAACGAGCAGCUUGAUGGUGGCGCGAGUCGUACGUGGUAUCUGGCGUACUCGGCAGCGCUUUUGGGUGCGGAUGAAGCUGGUGCGCAGCGCGAUUACCAGAUGGAUUACGUAGGGCCCGAGAAGGAAGGGCAGAAGAUCGAAGCGAGGGAGGGUCGGGAGGUGUCUGUUGAUGUGGAUGAGAUGUGGUAUGGAACGAGCUCUAGUGCUUGGAGUUCUGGGUUUAAUUGGCCGAAGCCUUCGAGCACUGGUUCGGCUUCUACCUUGUCCACGGCUACUACUUCGUCCAAGGCUUGGUCUUCAGGCUUCAACUGGCCGCCCCGCUCGAGUACUCCGUCGAUGACAACUUCCUCUAGUGCUUCAAGUACUACAUCGAUGACUACUUCCUCGAAAGCUUGGUCUUCAGGAUUCAACUGGCCUGCCCCAACGGUCGUUAAACCAACUCCGACUUCGACUUCGACGACUAAGGAGCCGGAGAUGACUAUGGUUGCUAGUGCUGGAAAGAGUAGCGGCAAAGGCGACGAGGAGAGCCUGUGGGAGUUGAGACUUUAG